UAUCCCUCCCUCUAUCGACAAAAAAAGAAACUCCCUCUCUCUUUCUCUCUCUCUCUCUCUCUCUCUCUCUCUCUCUCUAGUUCUAUAAAAUUUGGUAGAGGAUGAGUACUUCAGUUUUCAACUCAGUUUACUUUGCCCGAGGGUGCUUGUGGAAGGAUGAAGCGAAAUCUUCGCAGUUGGGAAAACGAAAUGAGAAUAGGCUCUAUGUUGCAAGAUCGACGUCAUUGUCACCCAGAAGCUUGCAGAUUAGAAAUUCUAAGCAGGAUAAGGACGUUCGUGUUGCUCUUCUUGGUGGUAGUGGUUACACCGGCGCAGAGAUUAUUCGACUUCUUGCAAACCAUCCUUUCUUUGGCAUUACUGUUAUGACUGCUGACAGAAAUGCUGGAAAAUCAAUAGAGUCCCUGUUUCCUCAUUUCAUCACACAAAAGGAUCUACCAAUUUUGGUUUCUAGUAAUGAUGCAAUUUUUUCUGAUGUGGAUGCUGUACUCUGUUGUUUGCCUCAUGGAACAACACAGGAAAUCAUCAAAGCUCUUCCCAAGGGGUUAAAGAUUGUUGAUCUUUCUGCAGACUUCCGGCUACGAGAUACUUCUGAGUAUGAAGAAUGGUAUGGCCAGCCACACAGAGCGCCGGAUUUGCAGGAAGAAGCCAUAUAUGGUUUGACAGAGAUUUUCAGAGAGGAAAUAAAAAAUGCACGCCUUGUUGCUAAUCCUGGUUGUUAUCCAACAUCAAUUCAACUCCCUCUUGUUCCUUUGAUAAAGUCUAAGCUCAUUGAAUAUAAAAAUAUCAUUAUUGAUUCAAAAUCUGGUGCGAGCGGAGCAGGACGUGGUGCCAAGGUGGCAAAUCUGUAUACGGAGUUAACAGAAGGAAUUAUGUCUUAUGGUGUUACAAGGCAUCGACAUGUUCCAGAGAUUGAACAGGGACUGUCCCAUGCUGCACAUUCAAAAGUAACCGUCAGUUUUACACCACACUUGAUGCCAAUGAGCCGUGGGAUGCAGUCGACUAUAUAUGUGGAAAUGGCUCCAGGAGUUACAGCUGAGGAUUUGUACCAGCAAUUGAAGGUUUCAUAUGAGGAUGAAGAAUUUGUUAAGUUAUUGGAGAAGGGAGUUGUUCCUCGCACUCAUGAUGUUCGAGGAUCUAAUUAUUGCUACAUGAAUGUCUUUCCAGAUAGAAUUUCUGGUAGAGCAAUAAUUAUAUCAGUUAUUGAUAAUCUUGUGAAGGGAGCUUCUGGUCAAGCUCUACAAAAUCUGAACAUAAUGAUGGGAUUUCCUGAAAAUACAGGGCUUGGCUACCUACCCUUGUUUCCUUGACAACCUUGUAUUCCUUGUGCCCAAAUCAUGUAUUGUGGAAUGUUCUCUUUCUGAAGGCUCCUACACUGUCUUGAAGUUCUGGAAUGAAGCUAGCAGUUGAGUUUUACUACAAACAUGGGCCUACAAAAUAAAACCUGAUAUGUAAUUAGAUGACAGAAGCAGGAAGUUUAUCCAUCGGAGAGUUUAGUUGGAGUUGUAAUGAUUCCUAAUGUUGUGAUGGCUCAAUUUUUGUGUGUUUUGUAAUCUUAAGCGAAAUUUUUCAAUAAGAGUUGUAGGUAUGAUUUAUGAA